ACUCGGUAGUAAGUAUUGCACCGGGAACCGGUGAGCUGGAAAUACUUUACUCUCUUAGGUUUAUUAUUCUGAGUUAUUUUGCAUUUAGUUUAAAUAAUGGAUAAAUCAAAGUAUGUUUCCAUUGAAAGAGCACCUCAUCGUCUGGAAGAAGCACACGCGGAAAUUUUUACCAGUGGUGCACUUGAAUUCCUGUAUGACUUGAUCACCGAGUUUGAUGGCAAAAUUGAAAAGUUAUUUAGACGAAGAUUGGAACGACGGUUGUCUAUAAAACAAGGCAAAUGGAAGCCAGAUUUUAGGAAUAGUAGCGAGGAGUUGGAAUGGAAAAUUGACGAUCUGCCUGUUCGCCUGCAGAACCGAAAGUUAGAUCUGGGGGAUGUUAGCCCAGCAAAUACAACUAAUUUUGUAGACAGCUUGUACGCUCAGGUUCAAGGCAUACAAGUUGACUUCGACGAUGGUCAUUGCCCUACAUGGCGGAACACUGUGCAGGGGCUGUGUAAUGUCACCCGUGCAGUUCAUGGUACUCUACCGGGAGGUCCUACCGAUAUUCGACAGUGUCCCGCUCUGAUGCUCAGGCCGAGGGCUUUCAAUAUGACUGAGCAUCACUGCAUGGUUCAGGGGAAAGAAGUAGUUGGUCCACUAUUCGAUUUUGCAAUACUGAUGUAUCACAACGCAAAUCGAAUGGCCAGUUUGGAAGUUGGACCUUACUUCUACCUUUCGAAAAUCGAGGCUCCAAAUGAGACACGGCUGUGGAAUAAAAUUUUUACUUGGACCGAGCAUCGUCUAAAUCUACCGAAGGGAACUAUAAAGGCGUGUGUCCUCAUAGAGAAUAUCCUGGCAGCUUAUCGCAUGGAAGAUAUUCUGCAUUCUAUUAAAGAACAUGCUAUUGGAUUGAACUGUGGCAUUUGGGAUUACUCGGCUAGCAUAAUUUCUAAGUUCGGUGACAGUGUAGAUUUUCUCAUUCCCGAUCGGAACAAAUACGUAAAUAUGGGUCAGCCAUUUUUAAGGAAUUACAUGAAUCUACUAGUUAACAUUUGCCAUAAACGAGGAGCCCUCGCUACUGGAGGCAUGGCUGCAAAGAUAUUGCCUAAUGGAAAAAAUUCGGGAAAUUCGGUUGAAGAUAUUGUAAAAAGUGUCAAACUGGCAAAGUCUGUUGAAAUCGACAGCGGAGUCGAUGGGUUUAUGAUAUAUGAUCAGCGAAUGGUUAGCGAUAUCAAUGAACUGUGGCAACAGAAAUGUCUUAGUGCUAAUCAACUGAAAAUUCGUCCAAAUAUAGAUCAUAUAACACCUUCCAGUUUGUUGAAAAUUCCAGAAGGCGGAGUCACGUUAGAGGGAUUAAGCAACAACAUAACAGUGGCCUUACUUUUCAUCUAUCAUUGGUUCACCGGGAGUGGAGUGUUCUAUUUGAAUGGAGCAGUUGAAGACUCCGCAACGGCUGAAAUAUCGCGUUCUCAGAUCUGGCAAUGGAUACGCCACCGAGCUGCUAUCGAAGGAAAGCAAGAUGCAUUCGUAACCAGGCCCCUCGUGUACACGAUGCUGGAUAAAGUAAUUUCCAAAGCGUACAAAUCGUGGUGCGUUUCAGUGCCCGAUCGAAAGCGACUUCUGUCGUCCAAGUAUGUACUAUUGGAGAUAAUUUCUUCGCGGGAGUUUAUUGAAUAUAUAACGACUUAUUUGAAUGAUAAUCACAAAUUUAGGACUCUGCACAAUAAAAAUGAUAGAUUGGAAUCAAAAUUGUAACAAGUGCAGUGCAGUAGUAGUGUUUUGUUUGUGAAUCUUGUAGGAAAAAUAAAUAUAUAUUUUAUUAAUUUCAGGGAGAAGAA